GGAGACCGUCGCUCCCCCGGGAGUGGCGGAGGGCGAGACGCGCGGCCCUCGCCUUUCCCUCAGGCCGACGGGGAGGCCGCGGCUCCCCCGCCUCACCGCGGCGCCUGGACCAAGGGGCUGGCGCGGCGGCUGCGAGGUUUGUGGGGUACAAGACUAAUGGAAGAAACUACCACCAGAGAGAAAUACCUGAAAAGUGUUUUGCGAGAAUUAAUCACAUACUUGAUGUUCCUUCUGGUCCUUUCUGUCUUGUCUUAUGGAAUGGUGAGUUCUAACACAUAUUAUUAUACAAGAGUAAUGUCACAGCUCUUUCUAGAUGUGCCAGUAUCAAAGCUGGAGAAGACCAACUUCAGAACUUUGACCACAAUGGAAGACUUCUGGAAGUUCACUGAAGGCCCGUUGCUAGAUGGACUCUACUGGGAAAUAUGGUACAAUAAUAAAACAGUGGCAGAAAAUAGCAGCUUCAUAUACCAUGAGAACCUGCUUUUGGGGGUGCCUCGUAUACGACAACUGAAAGUGAGGAAUGGCUCAUGUUCAAUUCCCGAAGAUUUGAAAGAGGAAAUUAAAGACUGUUAUGAUGUUUACUCUGUGGGUAAUGAGGAUACUGCUCCAUUUGGGCUCCACAAUGGAACUGCUUGGACUUACACCAGUGAGAAGAACAUGAACGGGAGCAGCCAUUGGGGGUUAAUUGCAACAUACAGUGGAGCUGGCUAUUACCAGGAUCUUGCCAGAAGCCGAGAAGAGACAGCUGUAUUAAUUGCCAUCCUUAAAAACAACAUGUGGCUUGACAGGGGCACAAGGGCAACAUUUAUUGAUUUUUCAGUGUACAAUGCAAAUAUCAAUCUGUUCUGUAUUAUCAGAUUAUUGGUGGAGUUCCCACCAACAGGAGGCCUCCUUACGUCUUGGCAAUUCCAGACAGUGAAGCUGAUCCACUAUAUUUCAACUUUUGACUUCUUCCUAGCUGCCUGUGAAAUUGUUUUUUGCCUCUUUAUUAUUUAUUACAUAGUAGAAGAAAUCCUGGAAAUUCACAUCCAUAGACUUUUCUAUUUCAGGAGUCUCUGGAAUUGUCUUGAUGUUCUCAUUAUUGUGCUAUCAGUGGCAGCUAUAGGAAUUAAUAUAUAUCGAACAUCUACCGUGGAUAGAUUACUGAAGAAGCUGCUGGAAAAUCAAAAUACCUUUCCAAAUUUUGAACCUUUAGCAUACUGGCAGACACAGUUCAAUUAUAUUGCAGCUGUCACCAUGUUUUUUGUCUGGAUGAAGCUCUUCAAAUUUAUUGGCUUCAAUCGAACAAUGAGCCAGUUAUCUACCACAAUGUCACGAUGUGCCAAAGAUGUUCUUGGCUUUGCCAUUAUGUUUUUCGUCAUUUUCUUAGCCUAUGCUCAGUUAGCCUAUCUUGUGUUUGGAACACAAGUUGAUGACUUCAGUACCUUCCAGGAGAGUAUCUUUACCCAGUUCCGAAUCCUUUUGGGAGAUUUUGACUUUACAAAGAUUGAAGAAGCUAACAGAGUUUUGGGACCAGUUUAUUUCACUUCAUUUGUGUUCUUUAUGUUCUUCAUUCUUUUGAACAUGUUUUUGGCGAUCAUCAAUGAUACAUAUUCGGAAGUUAAGUCAGAUAUGGCACAGCAGAAGUCUGAAAUGGACCUGUCAGAUCUUAUAAAAAAGGGAUACACUGAUGCCAUGGUGAAAUUAAAACUGAAGAAAACACCAGUUGAUGACAUUUCAGAGAGUCUGCGACAAAGCGGAGGCAAAUUAAACUUUGAUGAAUUGCGGCAGGAUCUGAAGGGAAAAGGACACACUGAUGCAGAGAUUGAAGCCAUCUUUACAAAAUACGAUCAAGAUGGUGAUCAAGAAUUGACUGAGUUGGAGCAUCAACAAAUGAGAGACGAUUUGGAGAAAGAGAGGGACUUAGAACUGGAUAGAAACUCUCUAAACCGCCCAUUAAGUAGCCGUAGCUUUCCACGAAGCCUUGAUGACUCUGAAGAGGAUGAUGAUGAUGACAGUGGACAUAGCUCCAGGAGGAGAGGUAGCAGCUCAAGUGGAGUUUCAUACGAAGAGUUUCAAGUGUUGGUGCGGCGAGUGGAUCGCAUGGAGCAUUCCAUAGGCAGCAUUGUUUCCAAGAUUGAUGCUGUCAUUGUGAAACUGGAAACCAUGGAGAGAGCAAAACUGAAAAGGAAAGAGGUCUUGGGGAAGCUACUGGAUGGGGUUGCAGAGGAUGAAAGGCUGGGCCGGGACAGUGAGAUUCAAAGGGAUCAGAUGGAAAGACUGGUACGGGAAGAGCUGGAGCGCUGGGAAUCAGAUGACACCGCAUCCCAAGCGAGCCAUCGAUUGGGAACCCCAGGAGGGCUCAAUGGGCAGUGUCGGGCUAGGAGUUCCCGGCCUUCUUCCUCCCAGUCCACAGAAGAUGUUGAUGGAGGAGGAGCUGGAAAUGGUGGAAGCAACAUACAUGUCUAGUAGCAUUUGUAUUUUGCUUACAAAACCUGUCGCAAUUAAUGAAGGUGAUAAAAUGCUUUGACACAAGGAAAGCACAGUAAGCAGGUUAGCUGCCUUUGUUUUAGAAAUUUAUGAGAUGUCUCAGCUGGCCUUUUGACAGCUAGAUUUUUUAAUAUAAAAUAAGACUUAAAUUCCAUUCAAGACGCUUGGACUUUCAUCUAUCGGAAGAAAUAGAUAGAUAAGGGAAAUUAAUUAUUAGCUCAGUGCCUAGUGCUUCAUUCAGGGACACAUUUACUUGACAGAGAGCCCUCAAGGGGACUUAUUUCCAAGUAAACAUACAUAGGAUUGCAUAGUAACUAGCUGUUUCUACAUAAGCACAUAUAGGAAUCAGAUAUAUAAUAUAUUGAGAUUGGGCUUUUUUCUCCCUUAAAACGUAACUCUCCAGAAGUGAGGGGAAAAAACUGUAUUAUAGAUGUUUGGUGCUCUUAUAUGUACUGUCAAGUCACUUUUGACUUGCAUUGGCACUAUGAAUCGGAGGCUUCCAAAAUGUUCUAUCACUAACAGCUCUGCUUGUAUAUUGCAAGCUAAAGGCUGUGGUUUCAUUUACUGAAUCAAUUUGUCUAAUACUUGGUCUUCCUCUUUUCCUGCCACCUUCCACUUUCCCAAACAGUGACUGAAAUCAGUAGUAAAUCACAGCUAGAGUAGGAUCACUCACCAAAUCCCCACUGAUUCAAUAGG